CACCAACAGUUACUGAACAGUAGAGCUUAAUCAUUCCAGGUGUUUGCAGAAGGAAAUAACUGCCCAUCUGGUCGCCUUUGGGAUUUCAAGACCCCCAAGCUUAGGCACGUGGGAAAUUCUGUCCGUCGCCUCUGAGAGGAUGCUGCAAGGAAACAAGAGAUCCAAGAUGCCAAGCACUCCGGAGAACGGCGUGUGCUCCUUGGCGCUGCCCUCGGACCAGCAGCUCGACAGGAAGGGCAAGGAGGCGCAGGACGCCGAGCUGUUGAAGAACGCCCGGGUGCAGGAGCAAGUCCGGAUGCGGAUGCUGCAGAAGAGCCACUCGGCCCCCCGGAGCAACGGAGCCUUCUCGGACUACGGGGAAUUGAAAGGUGGAAUCUCCCCCAAUGGUCAGUUCAGAACUCUACAGCAACAGUUUAGCUCAAGAUCCCAAACUAAUGGCACGGAUCACAAAGGUUUGCUGCACCAUUCCAUUGGCAAUAAUGGCUAUAAUUCUGUGAAGGCUGCCGGCUGGUCCUCCCGCUCAGCAGUGGAUCUCAGGCCCAAUACUAGAAUAGCCCCUGUCAGCAAUGGCACCGGCCCCAAAAGCCCCCUGUACGGUACAAAUUACGGCUCCACCACCCGACCCAGGUCUUUCAAUGACAAGAACUACCGGAACUGUCAGAACUAUGACACCAUGUCCUUGCACUCCCUGCGCCUGACAGAUGGUCUAGGCGGCCCUGGGGGUGUGGAUGACCACUACAGCUUAAUGUCUGAGAUGGAUCCACUGACCCAAGCGACUCUCUAUAAAAACCGGGGUGCAGGUGGCUUCCAAAGAUCCUACGCCUUUGAGAGGCAGAUGAGCGCCGGCUCUAACGCUUGCGCAAAACGACCCCUUGAGUGGAUGGAUGGCAUGGUGGUUCCCCAGAACAGGACCGUCAUCCGUGCACCAGCCAUGCGUACUCUGCAACGUUUCCAGAGCAACAACCGCUCCCGAUUUAGUACAGGCUCUUUCAGUGGCACUCAGACCUCCCAAGGAGGGGCUGGGAACACCUAUGUCACAGUGGAGCGUACUUCCCGUGCCCCUUCCGUGCACAGCUUGGCUGAAUCCAACCACCAUUUGCAAGAUCUGCAUGGCAUGGACAUGUUUGAUGGUCAGAAUACACUGAUGUCCCAGCAGUCCUACUCUGGUGGAUUUGAUGACAUUGAUCUUCCCUCUGCGGUGAAAUAUCUGAUGGCUUCCGACCCCAACCUCCAGGUGCUUGGGGCUGCUUAUAUCCAGCAUAGGUGCUACAGUGACAAUGAUGCCAAGAAGCAGGCUCGCAGUCUCCAAGCCAUAUCCAAACUGGUGAAGCUCUUCAACAGUCCUAACCAAGAGGUGCAGCGCCAUGCCACUGGUGCCAUGCGCAAUCUUAUUUAUGACAAUGCAGAGAACAAGCUGGGGCUGGUGGAAGAAAAUGGAAUCUAUGAGCUGAUGCGCACUUUGCGGGAGCAGGAUGAUGAAUUACGCAAGAAUGUUACUGGCAUUUUCUGGAAUCUGUCUUCAAGUGAUAACCUCAAGGACCGCCUUGCCCGGGACACUUUGGGGCAACUCACAAACCUGAUCUUGACCCCUCUCUCUGGCUCAAGGAAUGCUGCUAUUAUCCAGCAAAAUGCCUCUGAGGCAGAAAUCUUCUACAAUGCCACCGGUUUCCUCAGGAAUCUUAGCUCUGCUAGCCAGCAGACUCGGCAGAAAAUGCGUGAAUGCCAUGGAUUGAUAGAUUCCAUAGUCAGCUACAUAAAUAGUUCAUUGGAAGUGGGAAAAUCAGAGGACAAGAGUGUUGAGAACGCAGUCUGUGUCCUGCGCAACCUCUCCUACCGACUUUAUGAUGAAAUCCCUCCUUCCUCGCUCCAGCGGCUGGAAGGAUGUAAGAGGAGCGAUGGCGCUAACAUGACAAGUGAGCUGGUAGGCUGCUUCAGCCCACAAAGCAGGAGGGCCCGAGAGCUCCACAUGAACUCUGAUAUUGUGACCUUCACAGAAGUUUCUAAGGAUCCUAAAGGGUUGGAGUGGCUGUGGAACCCUCAGAUUAUAGGGGUGUACAACAGGCUGCUACAGCGAUGUGAACUAAAUAAGCACACCACAGAGGCGGCCUCUGGAGCACUUCAGAAUAUCACAGCAGGAGACCGGAGGUGGGCAGGUGUCCUCAGUAGGGUGGCUUUGGAGCAAGAGAGGAUCCUGAACCCAGUACUGGACAGAGUCCGCACUGCUGACCAUCACCAGCUUCGCUCACUGACCGGAUUGAUUCGCAACCUGUCCCGGAACGCACGCAACAAGGAUGAAAUGUCAACCAAAGUGGUGAGUCAUUUGAUUGAGAAACUUCCUGGAAGCUCUGGAGACAAGUGGCCCCCAACAGAUGUAAUAAUCAACAUCAUUGCAGUGCUGAACAACUUGGUUGUGGAGAGCCCCAUUGCUGCACGUGACAUUGUCUACUUUGAUGGCCUGCGCAAACUCUUCUACAUCAAGAAGAAAAGGGACAGCUCGGACAAUGAGAAGGCCUCCAGAGCCGCUUCCAGCCUCUUGUCUAACAUGUGGCAGUACAGCAAGCUUCAUCGGGACUAUAAAACGAAGGGCUUUCGAAAAGAAGAUUUCAUUGGCCUGUAAAGAAAAGGACCUGCAGAAAAUGGACUCUCCAGCCCUAAUUGUUCUCCAGAAAUCUUGUUAAUAAAGCACCACUAAGGACUGUGACGUUACAUCAUGAAACCCCCUUUUGCAAUCCCCUCCUUUUUAAAGAGCCGGUGUCAGUUGUCUAACAUGUUUUAUAUUUUGCAUUGAUUCCUUUUCUUUAAAAGUCUAUAUAAAGCUCAGGUUUCUCUGUCUUGGUCAUCACACUACAAAAGUAUACCAUGACUGAAGAUGCAAAUCAAUGUCCAUACCUCCUAUCAGCAUUGCCAAAGCCAUGUCCCGACUUCCCAUAGAACUGGGAUUCUUUUUAGAAUGUAUGGCUAUUGAUGUCACAGCAGAAAUUGCAGACUGCUAAGGAUAAUGGAGAAGUUCUCCCAGGGGUCAUUUUAUCAAGGGUGCUUCCAUUUGCUUUCAUGUUUAUUGCUUUCUUUUAUUCUCUCCCUCCCUGGAACUCCCCUAGAACUCUCACUGGUUAUUGCAUAUAUUUUCCUACCUCUGUAUAUUCUGGAAAUGAUUUGCUUGCUUUUAAUUUCAAAAGGACUGGGUUAUAUGAGUGAGAUAUAGAUUUUAAUCAUAUGUAUAAGCCUAUUUGUAAGAUUUUAGGAAAGUCGAAUUACUGGAACUGCGGAAUAAAUGUAGGCUUUUAAAGUUGUAUUAACCAAUGCACAGGAGGACAGAGUGCCUUGGAAUAUAAAUUUAGGGUGGAGUUUGGUGAUGGAUUUUCUCAUUUUUAUUUGAAAGCUAUGAGUCUGAAGACAUAAUUUUCUGGAGCUACAUAUAGCAUAAUUUACUUCAUGGCUUGUGGGUUACAAAGCCUAUAAAUGGGGAAAGAAAUUAUGGAAAGGAAGUGCUUGCUCUAAGGAGGUACUUAAGCUGGGUAUCCAGCCUCCCUGUGAUUUGUACAGAAUUUUACUUUUAUCUCUAUUCGAAUAGAAUUGACUUGGUGAAAUUAAAGUGCCUGAGACUGUCCCACUGAAUUGUUUUAGCAGCAAUAAAUUCAUAAACUUCAGAUCAA